CAAGAGAUGAUCAUCUUUGAUGCUUCUAGAUUAAUCCAUCAGUUAUAGUUCGACAUUCGGAGUGAGAAGAUGCAUAAAUUUGUGAGUUCAUUGUUUGGCUUUUCUGCUGUGGUCAUCUUCAUUUUACAGCUAGUGAUUGCAAAAGAGGAAACAGGACAUUCGUGGAGUGACCUUGUGAAUUCAUUUGUGCAUAAGGAUUUCUACUAUUAUUUAGGAGAUUAUCUUUAUGGAUCACCAAUCAGUUAUAACCAUCCCGAUCAAAUUUAUUUGAGAGUCGGAAAAAAGUGGGAAAAGACUAUUGGUAGUUCCAGUCAUGAAGUUGUCGACAAAAAUGGUGUAGCAAAUAAAAAUAUCUUAUCAUAUUUCACAUCCAUCGAGAGAGAAAUUUGGGUAUGCAGAAGUCGCCUGCCCAGAGGUGUCUGUAAAAGAGCGCUAAGAGGUGUGGGAGUGAAGAUGAAAUCUUCACAGCCAAUAAGCUUCUACCGGAUUGUUAAUGUGAUGCAUGGCAUACAGCCGAUGAAUAAGAUAUUCUAUUUUGAUGGAAUCGAGGUGUUCAAGGACAGAUGCGCCAUGAGACAAGUGGAUGAUAUGGGUGAAGCUGACACGGCUACCUUUCGGGAAAUUAAAUAUGUUGAUCCAUCUGAUAAGAAGGUUGUACGAUACAGAGGGAAGGUGUUCCUCAAAACGGAUCCUACUACCACCACAAAACCCAGUAUUUUUGAGCCUAUUGAUGUAUAUACGGAGAAACAAUACAAAAAAAAGAAUAACAAGAUAGAAGAAUUGGAAUUUUUGAAAAAUGGAACAUCCAAAAAACGAAAUAUUGGUUCAGAAGGAAGAAUUCUGAGAGUUGGCGUUGAACAUUAUGAAAUUUUAGGAUCAGCAUAUAAUGAAGCUAUGUGA